AAGUGGAUUUUUCAGAAUUUGCAAUGGUGUUUGCAAGACUUAUCUUUGCUGGGAUAUUGAUUUCAUUGCUUUCGAAUAGGGUGGCUGCCAUGGCCGCGGAUUUACCACCUUGCAAGUUCAAAGCAAUUUACAACUUCGGUGAUUCAAAUUCCGACACCGGAGCUAUAUCAGCCGCCAUUUUCCCUCGCCAAUGGCCCAACGGUGAAACCUUCUUUCGAAAGCCAGCUGGAAGAGUCUGCGAUGGGCGACUUAUAAUUGAUUUCAUUGCUGAACGCCUUGGAUUGCCGUUGUUGAGUUCGUAUUUGGAUUCAAUCGGAUCAAACUUCCGGCACGGGGCUAAUUUUGCGGCAGGUGGAUCAACCAUAGUUCCUCAAAACAAAACUAUAGCUGAGAGUGGAUUAAGUCCAUUUGCUCUUAAUGUUCAGAUAUUUCAAUUCGAUCAAUUCAAGGCACGAACUUCAGAUCUUUACAAAGAAAAGAAAAAACAUUCAUGUAGAAACCAGGUUCUUCCUCGAUCUAAGGAGUUCGGAGAUGCACUGUAUGCGGUGGAUAUAGGGCAAAAUGACAUUGCUUACGGACUCCGGACGGUCGGUGAUGCGCAGCUUCUCGCAUCCAUUCCCGACAUCAUUACACAAUUGGUUCUGGCAGUGCAGCACCUAUAUACACAAGGAGCAAGAACGUUUUGGAUACACAAUACAGGCCCAAUUGGUUGCUUGCCCUCUACUUUGCUCACCAUCACCAAUCCUCCCCCUGGGUUUCUCGACAACCAUGGAUGUGUCAAAUCCCAAAACGACAUCGCCCAAGAGUUCAACAGGCAGCUCAAAAGUAGAGUUAUGAAGCUUAGGACAGAUCUCCCACAUGCUGCAAUCACAUAUGUUGAUAUCUAUGCCGCAAAAUAUGGACUCAUCAGCAGCUCUAAACAACAUGGGUUUGUUGAAGCACGAAAGAUAUGCUGUGGGUAUCACAAGAAUGGAAUCGAUGUGGGAUGUGGGGGAAUAUUAGCCUUACCAAAUGGGACUCAAAUUUCUGGACCUUCAUGUGAAGACCCUUCAACAUAUAUCAGCUGGGAUGGUGUCCACUACACUGAGGCUGCCAAUCAUUGGAUUGCAAGUCGUUUAAUGAAUGGGUCAUUUUCAGAUCCUCCUGUUCCAAUCACCCAUGCUUGUUACACUACUUCAUGAACCAUCAUCUCCUUUACUGUACACGUACUUGGAUUCAUAUCAAAAUAUCAGCACGUACCGGUAUCUAUUCGAUAAAAUGUUGUUUUAAAAUUAAUCAAGAGGUAGUUUAGUAUUGCAAUUGUAAUUGAAAAUUAUAAAUAAGGUCAUUAAUGUCCAAUAAAUUUGAGCUUAGUAAUUUGAAUUAUUGAUAGAAACGAUUUUAAUUCUUAA